AUGGCAACACUGGAGUUGAAUGAAGGAAACGGAGUAGCAUACCAGCUAUCCAAGCUGGAAGACAAAACCACAAUUCAAUACCAAGCGAAGGAAACUGUCCACCAAAACCAAAGAGGGUUAAUCAAGUACAAGUGGAAGCAUCCAUAUGGCCGGGUUCAAAACUUUGGCGUUACCGAUGUUCAUUAUCUAAUCAGCAAUCCGGUAACUGAAACCUGCGCAUAUGGAAGUGUCAGACCCGGCGGCACGCAGCGUGUCUUGUUUCCUGAAGGCCGGCCAUCAACCAACUACGAGCUACGGAUGCUGUUCUUGACCGAGCGAACAAACUUCCAAGACACACACCCAAUCAAACUUGAGCAGGAUUAGAAGAUAGCCCCCCGAUACUCUCAUAUUCAAUUGCCCAGACAAAUAUGUUGAAAAAUCUUAUCGAACGAUCCCAUUUCUUCUUUCUAUCUCUCGUUUGUCUCUUCAUACAUGUUCAAGUUACACUCUGUCACAACUUGUUCUCCA